AUGCCGGGUCACUUUCCGGUGUCAGACAGACAUCAACACCAACAACACACUCUCUUCGCUUCAAACCAUCGCAAGCAGGCUAUCUGUCUUUUGUUACGGGGUCAUAUCUUUGGUAAUACACUAGAUGAGCUGAUCAAGAUGGAUAGCAAAAUAUCGCUUAGCAGCAUUCAAAAGACCGUCUGGGACGGACAACUACCACUGGAAAUUAUCCUAGCGCCUUCAGAGAGUCGGACGUACGAUCAAACAGAUCCAUAUCUUAUAUCCUGUCCACGAGUCUCAUAUCUUCCAUCUUUACUCCCCAGGCUACGUGUCUUUUUCUCUUCGUCACUGAUUAACCCCAACUCUAAUCCCCAUGAUGGGUGGUUCUCCUUUGAAGGUGUCCCGUUGAAAUGGCACUACCCGGUGGGCUUGCUGUAUGAUCUCUACGCGGGUGCUGACCCGGCAUCCAAAGGGAGAAGGGGAGAUGAAUUCGAUGAGAGUACCGACAGCGCGAGCGGCUCUCUGCCCUGGCGACUGACGGUGCAUUUUAGUGACUGGCCUGAUGAAGAACUCGUCCGGUUGGAUGCGGACGGGAUGGUCAUUAAUGAUGCUUUUAUCAACAGUGUCAAGGAAGCGGAUUUCCUGCGCAGUGGCAAUGCCAAGGGGAUUAUGAGUCUUUCUAAAGAAGAUUCGUCUGGGUUGUGGAAGGCUGUACAAGAUGUGGAUCUUCCAUCUUUCCAACGCAUAUCAAACAUCCUCCUCCCGCCUCCUUCUCAGCCAUUCCGUAAUGUACCCAUCCGACUAUUCCUCCCUCUUUCCCCAGACUCAGACUCCCCUUCUCUAAAGGUGGUACAAUCUCCUCUCCCACCAUCUAUCCCAACCUCAACCAUCAACGCAAGCCAAGCGGCCAUCUCGCGUGGUAGUCCCAGCACACAAUCACAAACGAUAGGAACUGCACUCCACACUCUCCUGCCUAACCUCUUCCCCAGUCGGAGGACGCCCGUGCUGGCCAAACCAGUCCUGCAUGGAGCUGUGGUGCCCAUGUCGGCGCCGAUCGAGGAGGUGGUGAGGAGCUCUGCAUACGGGGAUGGAUGGGCGUAUAUUGUUGUUCGCAUGAUGGGGUGAUGUUGAUGAUGCUAUUGAGGGAUUUCCUGUGUAUGCAGAGUACUAUUGCACAGGUACCGGUAUGACGUGUCAUACAUAGCAUGAGAUAAUAAGACUUGAACAUUCAGACAAAAUGUCUGCAUGCACAUACCUAUCAUCAUACAGAAUAGUUACGUACACCAGAUCAGCAAUGCAUCUGCAAGUCUUAUACAUGACUACAGGUAAGAUCUAGCCGAG